AACUUAUAUAUUGGAGCGCGAUUUUUUUAGACGACCGCCACUAAGGUGAAUAAGACUGGUGCGAACGUAGCAGACAGUGUGGCGGCAAAGUUGUUCUAAAUCGUGACUGUUCAGUGCGGACAGGUGCUUUUUUUUAUUGUUGGGGUCCGAUCGUCAUUGGCCAUGUUCGACCUGAACACAUCGGGGCGGCUUCCAUUAGCCAGGCUCAUAAUUGGGAUAUCGCUAUGUUUGCCCUUCACUCUAGCGUGUUUUGGAAGAACAAUGCUUCGGGCGGACGGAGUCAGCGAGCAAGAGAAGCGAAUAAUAUUGGACGUACAUAACAGGAUGAGACAGGCUGUUGCCUUGGGUCAGAUAGAUGGUCAACCCCCCGCCUCCAAUAUGAUUGAGAUGAAAUGGGAUGAUGAGUUGGCAGCUAAAGCACAAAAAUGGGCUGUGACAUGUUCUGCCUCUAGACAUGAUGCUUAUAGACAUACAGACAGAUUUCUUGUCGGGCAAAACACAGCGACGACAUGGACGACAAAAACACCAACGGAUUAUUACGAACUAGAAUCAGAUUUCCCUGGGGCUAUACAUAAGUGGUUUGAUGAGGUCAGAAAAUUCAGGUUUGGCAAACAGUCACAUCCAGGAGCCGGACAUUAUGCUCAGAUGAUCUGGGCUGACACUUACCUCAUAGGAUGCGGCUAUAGCUUCUAUCACACCCCUGAAAGAGGGUUCACAAAAUACUACGUGUGCAACUAUGGUCCCAGCGGCAAUGUAGACGGCGAGAGCCCGUACAGGAAAGGCUACCCUAGCUGUUACGAGUUUGGCCUGGAAGGUUCGAGAAAGUACGCAGGGUUGUGCGAGAAACCAGGCAGUAGUCAACCAACACCAUUCUUCACCUUCCACAAUUUCAUUGGAUAAUACCAUUGAGUAUAAAUCAGUUUAAUACUCAAUGAUAAUUACUAGGGUACCUUCAUUGAGGAUUUUAUAUUUUAAGUUUAAUAGGUUUCUGAAUUAUUAAAUGCGAUUAUUGUGAUAUUACUCUUUUAGGUAACUUAACAAAUAUGUAAUUACUUUCUUUUAUAUGUUUUUCAUAGUUCUUCUCGAAUAUAUGACAAUAGUUUAAGUAUAUCUCAAGUAAAUUAAAUAUUUAUUGUCUAUUUGGAAUUGGAUUGCCGAAGUGACAUAAAUGUAUGUGUUAUUUAUAGUUUAAUAUCGAAUUAUAAGUAUAAAUCAAU